AUGUCUACCAUCCAAACCGUUUUAUCUCCCAUUAACAUCUUCGCAUCCUUCUCUGCUAUCUCUCUCUCUCUCUCUCUCUCUCUCUCUCUCUCUCUCUCUCUAUCUAUCUAUCUAUCCGUCUCUAUCUCUCGCCAUUUCUCUCAUCCUAUCCUUUUCCCCAUUUUCUCUCCUUCUCUCUACGUUUCUUUUAUUCUAUCCUUCUCUCCCACUUUCUUGCUCUCCGUUUAUUACUCUUUCUAUCAUUCUCUCCUUCUCGCACUUUCUCACACUCCCCACAUCUCUGUCCGUCUCUCAUGCUAUACUUUCCUCUUAUUUCUCACUUUCUAUCUUUCUCUAAUCGUAUCCUUCUCACUUACUCUUCUUCUAUCUCCUUUUCUAUCAUCCUGUUCCUUCUCCUACCACGCCCUCUCUCUCUCUCUCCCUUUCUCUCAUCGUAUUCUUUCCCCCACUUUUCCAGUCUUGUUCUGUCUACCUUUCUAUCAUCCUAUUCCUCCUACUUCACCGCUCUAUCUCUUUCUCUCUUCCUUUCUUCCAUACUAUCCUUCUCUCCCACUUUCUCACUCUCUCUCCGUUUAUCACUCUUUCUAUCAUCUUCUCAUUUUCUUCCACACACAUUCCUUCUUUGUCCUUCUCUCUUUCCUUUUCUCACUCUAUACUUUCUAUCUUUCUCUUAUCGUAUCCUUUUCUCACACUUACCCACUCUCUCUUCUUCUGUCUUCCUUUCUAUCAUCAUGUUCCUUCUCCGACUUCCCCAUUUCUCUCGCUCUUUUUCUCUCUCUCCUCGCUAUAGCAACUAACACCAUCAUUUGCAGAAGAAACGCCAUUAAAGUGUUGUACCCAGAUGGGAAACUUAGAAGUGAAUCGACAUUUACAAUCGGUCUUUGA